UCACGUGCCGAUGACGCAUGUUAUGCACGAAGUGGCGUGCCGUUCGGUUUGAGUUUGUGAAAAAGCGGCGGACUCGGAGCCGGGGGCUCAAGAAUUAGGGAACGGAGGUGAGGAGUAUAUAAGUACGGGAGGUAGUAAUUGCUUCAAAGGACGACCAGCUUUGACAGACACAUCUGUCUAUAUGUGCUACAUUGAGCGUUGGAAAAAUGACAGAUGACAGAGAUGUAUUACGGGAUGUUUGGUUUGGAAGAAUACCAACCUGUUUCAUUUUAUCUCAGGAUGAAAUAACUGAAAGAGAGGCUGAACCUUAUUAUCUGCUUUUACCAAGAGUGAGUUAUUUGAUGCUGGUAACUGACAAAGCUAAAAAGCACUUCCAGAAAGUUAUGAGACAAGAGGAUGUGGGAGAGAUGUGGUUUGAAUAUGAAGGAGUACCUCUGAAGUGGCAUUAUCCAAUCGGUUUACUUUUUGACCUUCAUGCGUCGAACACUGCACUACCGUGGAACGUUAUAGUGCAUUUCAAGAAUUUUCCUGAAACGGAACUUCUUCAUUGCCUCACAAAAGAUGCUGUUGAAGCUCAUUUUAUGUCUUGCAUUAAGGAAGCUGAUGCCUUAAAGCACAAAAGUCAAGUAAUCAACGAGAUGCAGAAAAAGGAUCAUAAGCAGCUUUGGAUGGGCUUACAAAAUGACAAGUUUGACCAGUUUUGGGCCAUCAAUCGAAAACUUAUGGAGUAUCCAACAGAGGAAGGAGGUUUCAGAUAUGUUCCUUUCAGGAUAUAUCAGCCACUAAAUGAACGACCAUUUAUUCAGAAGCUAUUUCGUCCAAUCAGUGCAGAAGGACAGCCACAUAAUCUUGGUGACUUGUUGAAAGAAAUGUUUCCCGCUGCUGUAACGCCUGAAGAUAUGGAGAAACAGUAUCAAGUAGUGAUUCACGGGAUUGAACCAAUGCUGGAGACACCAUUACAGUGGCUCAGUGAGCAUCUGAGCUACCCAGACAAUUUCCUGCACAUUACUAUCAUUCCUUUGCCUAGAGACUGAGGAAGCAGGCAACUCUUAACAGAAAAGAAAAGCAAACCACCCCUGGACUUCCCAGAGCAGUUCUAUCUUCCACUUCCAUUGAGCCUGCCGGAAGCAACUUGACCAGAAACACACACUGCUGCAAGCCAAACAGGAAGAGAUCCCACAACCAGAUAAUGGGCUGCUCCUAGCUUGCAUCACUACUAUAAUUCUGCUGUCGUCAUAAAACCUCACUUGCAACAUGAAAACUUCUCGAUCACUUGUAUCGUUUUUCUUGUUAAAUGGUAAACAUAUUUGCUAAGGCACCAAGUCAAGUGGAAACAUAUAGUGCUUGAUUUGUCCUUCUGAUUAACAAAUAACCAGGGUAUUUCCAAAAGUGACCAUGACCGAAUUGCAGAAUGAGAGAAUGGAAAGAAACAUAUUUGUACUUUCCAAAGGAUUGUACUGGCUCACAGGAAAGCAAGUAGACAAGUAGCAUUCUUUGUAAUGAUGCUGGCAAAGGCUUUACAGAAAUGGCUGAAAGUCCCUCCCUCUCUCUCUCUCUCUCUCUCUAUCCCACCCCACUCCACCACACAUGCAAUCCCUUCCUACUUUUCCAUUUUUUUUUCACUCCAUCUUCUUCCCUCUCCCACACUCUAUUCGCUUCUCUCUCCUCCACUUGCUCCUCCCGUCACCUCUCCCCGGCUCACUCCUCCCAUUACCUCUCCCCUGCUCGAUCCUGCCGUUCCCUGUCCCCCGCCUCAUGCCCCAUCCCCUUCCCCCUCUCCCUCGCGCCCCGACAUCCUCCCCCUUGCGUCCCGACCCCUCCCCCCCUGUUCACUGUGCCCUUCCUUUCCAUCCACCCUGCACAAGUUCUAGUGAUGGACUGUAAACUCCACAAUGAAUUGUGUAUAUUACAGUUAUUUGGACUUAUAUCUGUUGGAAUCAUCCCACUUUUUUAUUCGUUAAAUGAUACCCAAACUUGAAAUUAAACAUUUUAUUUAAUAUAGUUGUUUGCAUUCAUGGUUCUGAACUAGACACAAUUCGGUAUUUUUAAAUAUAUUCGUAUGGCAUUUGUUUUGUACUUAAUAAAUAAUGGAAAUGGAAAAUUCUUAUCUACAGUUAUUAGACUGUAUACCAUUUUUAAGCAUGUCUUUUGCAUUUCAAUAAGUACAUAGCACUCCAGAUUUUUGUCAGAAUCAUGUAUUUUAGGCAUCUUUCUGUUCCUCUAAAUAAAAUACAUAAUGUCAAUGAUUUGCAUGUGCAGAUGACUGUGAAAUAUUCUCUGAUCAAAUAUAGGCAGAUUUCUUGUUUGUUGAAUACCCUUACUUAUGCAGUAGAUUUUAUGGGGCAUGCAGUUGGUGGGCUUGGGUUACUGAUAAAGACAGCCUAAAAAAUUAGAGAGUAUGAUUACAGUGGAACCAAAUUUGUUUCCCAAAGCUGCAUCCAACAAUUGUGGCUAUAAAAUGGUUUUGGAGGAGGGGAGAAGGAAAUACGGGGAAUGAUUAUUACUAAGCCAGGGGUCAUACAUCAAAGGUGAAGAAAUGCUUUCACAGAACUAAUUAUUAAAUAAAACCCUGCCUUUGGAAAAUAUCUACUUUUUUUGCUAUAAGUUGAAAUGCUGGUGCUUUUGGUUCUGGCUUACAGUUUGCAUAGCCUAUGCAUGAAGGGAAUUGUAAUACAUAUAGGAAGAAAAUCUGGCAUUCAGAAAUCUAAUUUAGCCCAACACAAUUUACAAUAAAUAAUUACAAUGGUCAAACUUUUUUUUCAAAAAAAGUUUUCAGAAACUUCUUUAUAAAUUAUAAAAUGUCAACUUGUACUUAUUCUCUAAUUGAUUUGAACCAGUUACAAGAAGCAGUGGAUAUCUGAAUAUUUACUGGUAGCCAUGAAUAUUUACUAUUAGCCAUGCUGUUUCAUAACUAUGAAAAUGUUGAAAUUUAUGGACGCAAGUGAGUUUCAGACAAGUGGGCAUGGAACUAAAACCCACCAGUUUAAACUACCAGUUUACUGAAAAUAAAGAAGCCCUGGGAUCUUAGUAAAACAUAGUAUGGGAGUGCUGCACAUAAUUUAUACCAAGUGCUAAUUUACAUGCACGUUCUCUUAUUUUUCACCUUUUUGGUUCACUACUCAACUGGGCAGUGAAAAUGCUCACUACCAUAAAAUAUAGUAAGCUUCUCACAUAUGGUCUUUUAACAGAGCUGUAAAUUUUAACAUUGUUUACUAUUAUUAAAUGAAUGGCUUGUCUUCAUUUAAACAUGCAUGCCAGUGCUAUCCUUGGAAGAAGAGCCACUAUGGUGAGAUUGAUCAUUUGCAUCAUUAAAUUUCAUGGGUUGUUUUUGUGUGUUUUGUAGCAGAAAGAUGGAUGACACACUUUUGCAUUUUACUUUGCCAUGUUGGAAUAAUUGUAAUAGGGAUUAUUUAAAGGUUUAAUGUGCUAAAUGAAAAUGAACAGCCCAACUUUUUAUGAAAUGAAAAUCUUUUAUUGAGAGGAAGUAGCUUAGUUCAUUAUCACUGCCCCUUGGUGGUUACCAUACAGAAAAUACUUCAGGCAAUACUUUGUUUGCUUUAUGGCAUUGGUCAAGGUCAGGUCGGUAGAUUUUUGUCCCACCUGUUAUAUGAAUUCAACCAGUGUACAUUUUCUUCUAAUGUCUGGUACACCUGUCCAAAUAAUGUAAUGCAGUACUUGUGAUAUUUCAGUCCUCUUGUUAUCUGUUUUAAUUAUGCAACAAGACUAGUUCUUUUGAUAAUUAAAAAAAUGAAACAGCCUACCUGGUCUUUUACUUCAU